AUGAGAACUGAGCGCCCAGAUAUCGUAAAGAUGAAGAUCGGCGCAGUCCUUCUUUUGUGCUAUGUGAGCCCCUUGACUAGUGCCUGGGGUACACUUGGUCACGAAACUGUUGCUUGGAUUGCCCAGUCCUAUGUUUCUUCGACAACAGCGUCAGCCAUCAAAGGAAUACUUGACACUAAGCAGUCCGACUAUAUGGCCAAUGUAUCGACUUGGGCUGAUUCUUAUCGAUACACAAGCGCUGGCAGGUGGUCGGCCCCUCUUCACUUCAUCGAUGCCAAUGACAACCCUCCAUCUUCGUGCUCUAUGGACUACAACCGGGAUUGUGGCGAUUCCGGAUGCUCCAUUAGUGCCAUUGUCAAUCAUACUUCGAUACUACUCGACAGCGACUCGAGUGAUUCUCUCAAAUACGAUGCGAUGAAAUUUCUCAUUCAUAUCAUUGGCGACCUUCAUCAGCCACUCCACGAUGAAGCGCUCGAAGUCGGGGGCAACGAUAUCAAUGUGACAUACGACGGUGACGACACGAACUUGCAUCACAUUUGGGACACAGAAAUUGUCGAACAGCUUGCGGACGGUGCUUCUGCAGAGGAAUUCGCCAAAAAUAUGACCGCGUCAAUCAAAGCCGGUGCUUAUGGCUGGGACGUGGCCAGCUGGCUGGAUGGGACGGUCCUGAACGACACCAAGGCGACUGCUUUGAUCUGGGCAAGCGAGGCAAACUCGUAUGUUUGUAGUGAUGUGCUGAGUGCUGGAGUGGAUGCAGUCGAGCAAGGUGAUCUGAGUGGAAGUUAUUACGCGGCGCAUUUUGACGUUGCAAGAACACAAAUAACCAGAGCAGGUUACAGGCUGGGCGCCUGGCUGAAUCUGAUCUUCACGGGGGAGACCGCAGGGUAG